CGUUGAAGGUUAGAAAAACUUGGAUACAAGAUGGCAGCUUCCAUGCGAAGAUUUAGUCGAAACUUUUCCAACCUAUGCUUUAAAGAUUUACAGUAUUUUAGAAAAGGACAUUAUUUAUCAGAAAACUUCAGAAAGAAUGUUAUCAGAUUUAGUAGAAGUAUCAUCAGUAGACAAUACAAAGCACCAUGGCUGUUCAUGUUUCCAUUGAUACCAACAGUUGAAGCUAUUGGAUUUGGUUGGAGUAAAUCUAAAGAUCUAGAAGCCGAGAAAAGUAGUAAAUUUGAAAGUAUUAUUAGUACAGCUGAUCGUCUGUAUGAAUCUAAUAAAGUUUUAGAACUCUAUGACUACUUGGUGCAGUAUAAAGAUAAAGGGAAUGCAGAAGUUCUAUGGAGAUUAGCUAGAGCAACUUGUGAUAAAGGAAAGUUCAGUCGUGACAAGGAGCAACGUAAGCAGUGUAUGUUUGAAGCAUGUGAAUAUUCAAAGAAAGCCCUGGCUUUAGAUGAAAACAGUUCUCCAUGUAAUAAGUGGUAUGCUAUACUGCUAGAUUAUACAGCAGAAUAUGAAGGAACAAAAGUUAGAAUUUUAAAUUCAUACAAAGUCAAGGAACACUUUUUGAAAGCCAUAAAAUUAAAUCCAAAAGAUGCUACAUCUAUAUAUUCUUUAGGUUAUUGGUGUUUUGUAUUUGCUGAUCUUCCAUGGUAUCAACGAAAAUUAGCGUCCACUCUCCUAGCUACACCACCUUCCUCUACAUAUGAAGAGGCCCUUGAAUAUUUUCUUCUGGCAGAAAAGGUGGAACCAAAUUUCUAUAGUAUGAAUUUAUUGAUGUUGGGCAAGACGUAUGAGAGACUGGGGAAUAAAGAUGUUGCCAAGGAGUACCUAAUAAAAGCACGUGAUUAUCCAGUACAAACAACAGAUGAUGAGCAGGCACAUAAAGUGGCUAUAGAAUUAUUAAAGAAUUUAGGCGGAGACAGUUGAAAUUUAUCACGGUGUUAAUUUAUUAUAUUAUAUGAUAAUUAUUAGCAGGGUAUAAUGUGCCUUAUAUAAGUAAUGUGUUGUAGGACAUUAUAAUCCAAGAGGUGUUUCUAUUAUUGUUAAUAAUGAAUGAAUACACUCAACAAGCUUUAUUUACUCAACUUUAUGGAGUUGUGUAAAUAAUAUUGUGACUCCUUCUACUCUUAACUCCAAAACAGUUGAAAUGUAUUUACUGUAAUUAAAUGGGGUGGGAAGGCAGUAGCCUAGUGUGUGCAACAAGUGUUUUUGAUUCCAGGCUCAUUUGUGACAAGGAAGAGGGUUGCCCGCUAAAAACCCUGGAAGCAGAUUUUUGAAGGAAAUAUUACAAUAUACUUGUUCCAGAAUCACCUGGUUAGUGUUGAAUGGGCAUUAAACUCUGCUUUAGUGCUGAGAAAUAUGUUACUUAUAAUAAAGUAAUUUAAUACAGGUGGGGUUUCAGUUUUGAAAGUAGAAAUAUUUUCCUUUCGACAUACUACUACAUCCACUCUUUUCAAUAUAUGGGUCACCUUUAUUAAUUUUAAGGCCUAGAUUGAGUUUGAAUAAUUCUUAAGUUGAGCAAAAUGACUCCAGCCAGGUAUUUUGCUUCAGUAACCUAAUAAAUUAAACUUAUUUACACUAUUCUACAUGGGGAAAGACUGAAAAUGGAAAUUUGUUUAUGCCAUCAUUUAUUAUACAAUAAAUCCAUGAAUGUUUGAUUAUUUUAUUAUUUUUCUACAAAAGCAAACUUGCCAAGUAUAAUGUAUACCAAUAUAACAGAAUAACUUUUAAAACCUAAAGUAUUGAUAUAUGUACAUAAAUAAUAUAUCUUUUGAUAAACUCCAGGGGUUAGAACAAAUCAUACCUUUUAAUAAAAUUCAUUUCAUGUUAGAAAGAUAAAUAAAUAUAUAUUUAAGUGAUAAUCUUUAAUUUAAUGUCAAAUAUUUUAAGGAACUCAAGAAAAGGUUAUAAGUCUAAAGUAUUAUGUAUGGUUAUGAAAACAUUUGUAUAGUAAUACUGUUUACUGUGGAUACUGGUACUUCAUAAUAUUAUGUAUGUAAAAAUGAAUUAAAUAUUAUAAAUUUAUUAAAUUAUGUUGUGUUUUUUUAACAAUUGUUCAUAUUGUUUGUGUUUAAACGGAAACAAAUUAUGAUUAUUUAUUAAAUAAAUAGGAUCAAAAAAUAUAUAAUGCAUUGUGCUUGUUAAAUUGACAUCAAGUAUCUACCUGCACUGAAAAUCACAACCAUGUAAAAAAUUCUAAUGGCACAUUCACACAGUUUGUUAUUGUUAGAUUGAUAUUUGUAAUUUAUUUAUCUUUCAAUAAAUUUAUUUUGAAAUUUC